UGAGGAAGUCCCAACGUCUUGUUUCUCAUAUUGUCUCAUACCAGCCAGAAAAAUAUAAAUUAUGGAAUCCUGGUAACCAUUCAAAACAUUGGUGGCUUCAGUUAAAAGCCUUUCAGAUUCCUUCUUUAAACUAACUUCACUCCAUCUUGGCAUAGAUAUUAGAUAUUUUCACAUCACCAUAUCUUUCCCACAUGAACUCAUCUAUAAACUAAACGGUUUCUGGUGACUUUUAUUAGCACCUUAUGUCAUGGUGUUUUGUCUUGAAUUUAAAGGCAAUUAUAUGAUGGUUCUACAAUGUUAACGGUAUAUCCUCCGGGAGCUAUCAGCAAGUGCCUGCCAUAUCUGGGCUGUAACACACUGAAUGAUGCUUCUCCCUGCAAGAUUACACAUGUUAAUUCCUUGACUAGCAUUGCAAUUUCUCCUAGCCCUUUACAGGGUCCUUGUCAUAAUGUAGUUCGCAGUUCCCCCUUUUCUUCUUGGAAAGGUCGUAAUCAGCUUGACACUCAUCAUCUGUCACAUAGAUUGCCUUCUAAGAAAUGGCUGUGCCAAUCACAUGAUGCUAUCUCACCGGAUGACGAGUAUCGUUCAUCACGCAACAUAGCUAUCAGCUUGUUCAGGCGAUACAGGAAUGUCAUUGAGCGUGGAGGAGGUGACACCCUAAAAGAAUUCAUUAGUGCCGGAGUGAAUGCAUAUGCACUAGGCUGCACCAAUGAAGGAAUAAGGAAAGAACUCAUUGCUUUGAAGGAAUCUGGUAUUGAAAUUGAAGCAAUGCAAAUUUAUGGUGGAGGCACCAGUCUAAAAUCCAAGAUUUUCUCAGAGGAGGUAAAUGAGUGUAUUCUGUGGUUGAGCAUUAUAUUCAUUACAAUAUUGUGCACGCCGCAACCAACUAUAGUUAGGUGGUCAUCUACACCACCAGUUUCAGAUGAAAUACAGCUUCAAUGGAAAGGGUUCUGUGCUCUUAUAGCAAAUGCAUAUUAUGUACGGGGAAUGGCGUGGCUUCCGGUGAAGACUCUUCAGUUGGAGCAAAUGGCGGUGGUGGGACGUGCAGAGGAGCCAUCAGUAGUUGCCAGCCGAAUGCGAUUAGUUUUUAGCACAUUAGAGGUAGUAAGUCCACAAUGGCCAAGAGUCUAGCAGCAGCAUGCUUCAAUGUCAACGAUAAUUUCUUUUACCUAGUAGUAUCUCUUAUUUGGCCUAUGGUUUACUUUACAAAAUUGUAAAUUAUCAUUUUAUAUUAUAUCAUUCAACAACUUUCAUGGGAAAGUUUCAUGUAAUCUUUUAUUGCUACAAUAUUAUCAAUGGUUUAUAUUGA